UAACCAGAAAAGGUACAAGCAUUUGAAACGAAGCAAUAUAUAAAAUGGCGGGCUAAAUAAAUUUUCCCUAUCUAUUUCUCUCUCAUCAUUCAAUUCAAACCCUCCCUUCAGAGAUCAACAAAUUCGCAGGAAGAAGAGAAACUUAUCACAUAGAUGCAGAUGCAGAGCGGAGGAGAGAACAAUGUACGGACUCGCUUGGCGGAAACCCGAUUAAUAUGCGAGAGAGAAAUCCCCAUUCAGCAGCAGAGGAUCGAUUCCACCGUUAUCUCCGAGCGGAAUAUUUUCGAUUCUGUCAAGUCCAAGGCCCAACAAACCAUUCAUCUUCAAGAAAGAUUGGGGAAGCUUAAAACUGAGUUAAGAGAAGCUGAGGAUGCUUUGGUAAAAGCUCUUUCCGUGAAGACUCGGAAAGAGGCAAAGCAGAUGGCCAUGAGGGACUCGAUAUCUGAUACAAAAGCUAGAAUUGAAGAACUUAAAGAAAUUGUUGAAAAUCAAAGGGCAAAGAAAGAUGAAUAUGCCAAUAUAAUAUCUAAACAGUCUGAAGCUUUGGCAGCAUAUGAAGAAAAGUGCAACCAGAUCACUGAGCAUGAAGAACAAAUAGAAGAGGCCAUUUCAUGGUACAAUAGGGUCCUUGGUUUCCGUAUCGAAUGUGGUCACGGUGUAAAGUUCAUAUUUUCAAACAUUAAUCCGGACAACGCAAAUGAGCAGUACUCCUUUGUCAUUCGUCAUGAGAAUGAGAUUUACACAUUGCUUGAUUGCAAUCCCCCUUUGAAUGACACAAGAGAGCUGAUUGGUGAGCUGAAUAAAAGCAAUGGACUGUUCAAAUUUGUCAGAACCAUGAGAGAGAAAUUCCAAGAAUUUGCAGCACCUGGAACCUCUAAUCAGAUUCCAUCUCUUGAUCAAGAUUCUUCAAUGAUCUCACCAUCAGCCCCAGUUGCUUCAGUUUCAACCGAUCAUAGAAGUGAAUCUGUGGUCAAGGAAAAGGAGAUUCAGCCCAGUGAAUCUAACCACAUCUCCAGAAAGGUUGGCAAAGGACAAACAAUUCUAUCUCCUGGAUCUGCUUCGUCCGUUCGUCGCUCCUCACGUUUAAAGGUUAAAAAAUGAAGAUUAUCUUAAAUCUGAAGAACUACUCAUCACGUGCUGUGCCUGCUUGCUUCACCAUUUAAGCAUCAAUGGAGUGAAGCAAAGAUCUUAUUUUGCUUAUGUAAUGUUAACCUUGGUGGUUAAGCAGCACUCUAAACUGAGUGAAGUUGCCUCAUUAGUUACUAUAGCUGAUGUAUAACAAAUUUUCUUUUGGUAAAUGAUUUUCCUGUACUAUGCUACGUUAAUUUUAUAAAAUGGUUUGAUUUUAUUCUUAGCAAAA